UGCAUAUGAGAUUGGAAGAAAUAGGUAGAAAGCUUCGAACUGGCGAUUACAUUCCACCUGAACGAGAAAGGUCCGUAUCGCCUGAACCAAUCUACGACUCUCAGGGUAAACGCGUGAAUACGCGUGAAUAUCGAUAUCGCAAAAAACUUGAAGACGAACGCCAUCGUCUAAUCGAAGAAGCAGUAAAACGCAAUCCUGAUUUCAAGCCUCCCGCCGAUUAUAAGCGACCCACUAAGGUUCAGGAUAAAGUAUACAUUCCGGCCAAAGAGUUUCCUGAAG